AUGACUCGUGCUCGCGCCGCCAUCUACAAGUCCGACAUCCGCGAAAAGUACGGUUUACCUGUUGUACAGGACAUCGGGCCUCUCUCGCAGGCGGGCUACACGAAGCUUGCAAGACCACGGCCCGCCGUGAAAUUCAACUUCGGCCACACGCUGGGGCGCGUAGACACGUUCGGGUCGCAGCCCACCUUCACCGUCACGGCUGGGCACGGCCAGUCGUAUCGCGUGACGGUCGGCGUGCUCCUCGCGGCAGAUGGGGUCAAGUCCGCCACCCGCGCACAGCUGCUCGGGCAGAGGCGCGCCGCCGCGCCGGCACAGGAUACAGGCCAGGCCACCUACCAGGUGGUGCUGCCUCGCGACAAGAUGGUCUCGGACCCGGAGAUGAUGGCCCUGCUCGACGGCAACGAGGCGACGCGGUGGAUAGGCGAAAAGCGGCCCUGGAUAGAGUACCUCGUCGCGGCCAAGACGCUGUACAACAUGUCAUCAAUCCAGCCCGAUACAAACCUUGCCGCCGCGCCGUCGGCGACGUACACGACCAAGGGUUUCAAGGGAGCCAUGCUGCGAGCCGUUUCCGACUUUUGCCCCCUCGUCCAACGCCUGCAGAGCCUAAUCCCAGACGGCGAGGUGUGCCAGUGGAAGCUGCGUGUGCACGAGCUGUUGCCGACCUGGGUCCACGGCGGCGUUGCCUUAAUGGGCGGCGCGUGCCAUCCCACCCUGCCGCACCUUAACCAAGGGGCAUCCAUGGCCAUCGAGGACGGAGCGGUGCUGGCCGAGGUGCUGGCCAGGGCGCCUGGCUCGACGCCUGCGGCGAUCAAUAAGUGCCUCCAAGUGUAUGGGCUUCUCCGAAAGGAGCGCACGACGAGGCUGGUCGAGCUGGCGGCGCUUUCGGGGCGCACCCUGCAUCUGGGCCAGGAGGAGACCAAGGAAGAGCGCGACAGGCAGUUUCCUGCGUGCAGAAUCAAGGAGGGCGUCGUCCCGGAUAGAAUGGGCAUCGUCCGAGGUCCAGAUGAUUGUUCCCACAACUGCAUGAUGGAAGUCGGCCACAAGUUGGCGAACUGUAUAAAGGUAGGCUUUUCCAAGGGUCCUGAAGGUUGA